UUGCGGGAAAAAAAAUGGUUGCAUGGAUUCUCCUUGCAUUUUCCAAAUCAUCUACCCUCUCCAGCUCUCGUCCUUUUUGUAAAUGAAACUGUUGGCCAAAACAAACGAAAAUUCUGCCCUGAAAGAAAGGUAUGACAGUUCGGGCUUGGUACGCUCCGAUGUCAACGUCUCUCACAGUCCGAAGGCGCUGAGGCCUCGGUAGGGGUAAAGAAGACCCCAGCCCCGUGACUUUCCAGAAGACAGAGCCCGAAGGAUGCCUGGCGGCAAAGCUUCCCCUGGGUCGCCAACUGGCCACUGGGAAGGCGCAUGAGAGGGUCCCGACAACGCUUCCGGAAAGCCCGGCCGCCUGGGACCCAUGACGCCACCGGCCGUGACCCGGAAGUAGAUGUUAGUGGUGGGUGGACUGGCUCUUCAGUUCCGGAACACCACAGUUUAGUGCGUUUGCUGCUCUGCGUCCUUUCUUUCUGGAUCUGGACAGUCGGAGGUUUUGCAGCUGUUCCCGGGAGCAUCAUGGCUGAGGGGGACGUAGGGAGCGACCAGAAGCAGGUGAAGGCACCGGAGGAGGAGGAGGAUGCAGGGAUCGACCAGAGACAGAAUGAGGAAAUUGAAGCAAUGGCAGCCAUUUAUGGCGAGGAGUGGUGUGUCAUUGAUGAAUGUGCCAAAAUAUUUUGUAUUAGAAUCACCGACGACAUAGAUGAACCCAAAUGGACACUUUGCUUGCAGGUGAUGUUACCUAGUGAGUACCCGGGCACAGCGCCUCCUAUUUACCAGCUGAAUGCUCCUUGGCUGAAAGGGCAAGAACGUGCAGACUUAUCAAACAGCCUUGAGGAAAUAUAUAUACAGAACAUUGGUGAAUGUAUCCUUUACCUCUGGGUGGAGAAGAUAAGAGAUGCUCUGAUACAGAAGUCUCAGGAGCCGGAGCCAGUUCCAGAUGUAAAGAAAAAACCAGAAAAGAAAAAGACUGAAUCUGAAAAUAACCGCAGUGUAAAACGUCAGCCAGGACAUCAAGUUAAGAAAGCGGAAGUCAACAAAGCAGAGAAGGUGCCAGAAGUGGAAGAACUGCCUCCAGUUGAUCAUGGCGUUCCUAUUACAGACCGAAGGAGCACUUUUCAGGCACAUGUGGCUCCUGUAGCCUGUCCUGAGCAGGUGAAACUGGUUCUUGGCAAGUUGUAUGAGAAUAAGAAAAUAGCCAGUGCCACCCACAAUAUCUAUGCCUAUAGAAUAUACUGUGAGGACAAACAGACCUUCUUGCAGGACUUUGAGGAUGACGGAGAAACAGCUGCUGGGGGCCGUCUUCUUCAUCUCAUGGAAAUUCUGAACGUGAAGAACGUCCUGGUGGUGGUGUCCCGCUGGUACGGCGGGAUCCUGUUGGGACCUGAUCGGUUCAAACACAUCAACAACUGUGCCAGAAACAUACUGGUGGAGAAGAACUUCACGCCCUCCCCUGAGGAGUCAUCUAAGAAUUUGGGAAAGAAAAAAGUAAAAAAGGAUAAGAAGAGGAAUGACCACUAAUCCGUGAGCCUGCCUGAGAGGUGACGUGUCCGUCAUUGUGUACACAUUCCACUGUGGUCAAGGAGUACAUGAAGCUAGUACCCUUGACAGCUCGAGUCAGCCGCUCCAUCGUGGACACCAGCAUUAUGUUUCCUUCUUUGGUUCUGUCAUUUGCCAAAAAUAGAGAAUUUAGGCUGUAUUCCCAUGUGUUCAGGUUCAUUUGGGAGAACUGAUUUGAGCUUAAUCAUCAUUUCAUAUAACACUAGGAAGGGGACACAUGCAGGGUGUCGUACCUGAACUAACUGUCCAUUUCAGCAUGUGUCGUGUGCCUUUGUUAGGUGGGGAAGACGCAUCUCCAAAUGCCCGAUAGACGCCCUCAUGCUGUUAGUGACCAUCGCUUUUACUGCUCCCUACAGCUGAUUAGCGUGGGGGCUCAUUGCAGGCUGAAGUCUCGGAGCGUCUUUUCCUUGUGACCUCACAAGUCAGUCACUUUUCAUUUCAUAGUGUUCAUUGUGCAGUAGCAGAGUACAUGAAAACCCAGGAGUUUCCAUCUGUGAUUAUGUGCCAAAGUGACAACUUCACAUAUUUGCUAACCCAAGUGUUACUCCUCAGCUUUGUUGCAAAUUGGUGAUCGUGAAAUUUCAAAAAGUGAUUUUAUUUCAGUCGCUGCCUUUUGUUGUUUAGUUCCUGUAAGGAAGCACAGUGAGCAUUGAGCCGCAGUAGUCCUUCUGUCCUUCUAUCCCCUGAGUGUGUGAUAGAACCGUACAGUGUCUCUGAACAACCUGGAAGCACCUUCCUAGUGGUCUUCCCCGUGCUGUGCUCAGCAGGACACUUACAGAGUGAGAUAGAGGUGACAGCACCACGGAUGCAGGGUGAAAACUGGACCAGUUUGAUGCACAUUUGCCAUUGGAACUCUGGCCAGAUUUUUAUAGUUCUGUGAUUUUUUUUUUUGUUGUUGAGAAAUGGACAGAUAAAUCCUUUGAUUAGAUUUAAAAAAAAAUUAUUUCCCUACAAAUUCUUGGCAAAUCUCCCUUUUUAACAGUGUUUUAUUUAUUUAUUUAUUUUUUUACCUGCAUGUUACUUGCAAGGAAUAAGACAGAAAAAUUCCCUUUGAGAUGUAGGUAAGUUGUACAUUGAUAACUUUCAGAAGUAAUGCCAAUAAUUAAAAAAUUGAUCAAGUGAUCACAGCCUUGAGUCCCCUCCCAAGGAAGGGGUUAGAAGUUAGGAAGCAGCUUUGGGGGGGUGUUGGAACGUGGGAAGCGGCUGAGGUUGGGCAGAUGCUUCUGUCUAACUUUUAACCUUGAAAGAUCCACAUCCUCACUUGGUAUGUGAAGUCUAGGAAUCCAGGAGGCAGCUUUACAUUAGAGUGGGUUCUAAGACAGAAGUCUUAUUUUCAACAUUAUUUAAUGUUGUAAACUAUCAAGAAUUAUAGGAUGACCUAUAGAUGUGUAUUUGGAACACUUACCUCUGUUUCCAUGAAAUGCUGAGUAUAUCCUAUGUAUUAAUUGUUACAGAACUCUGACGUUAUUUCCUAAAGGCAAUUUCACAAUCUUGACAUUUCAGACCUGUGAAAAGUGAUAAAAACACUAAGAA